AGGAAGCUGAGCCCCAGAGAGGGAAGUGGUGCUCUCCGGAGCAGACUGGUGACCGAGCUGGAAGGACAAAUGACAUUUCUCAGCUCACUCAGCUGCGCUGGACCCCCGGCAGGAAAGGACAUGAGCCAGCAACUCAACAAGAGCCAGAACUGCUCCUUCAGGGACGUGGAUGAGCUGAUGAAAACCAUGCAGCUGGUGGUCCAUACCCCCACCUUCCUCCUGGGCCUCCUCCUCAACGUGCUGGCCAUCCGAGGCUUCAGCUCCUUCCUGAAGAAGAGGUGGCCAGAUUACGCAGCCACCUCCAUCUACAUGAUCAAUCUGGCCAUCUUCGACCUGCUGCUGGUGCUGUCCCUUCCUUUCAAGAUGGCGCUGUCCAACAUGCGUGCUCCCCUUCCUUUCUUCUGUACCCUGGUGGAGUGCUUCUACUUCAUCAGCAUGUACGGGAGUGUCUUCACCAUCUGCUUCAUUAGUCUGGACAGAUUCUUGGCCAUCCAGUACCCGUUCCUGGUCAGCCACCUCCGGUCCCCCAGGAAGAUCUUGGGGAUCUGUUGCACCAUCUGGGUUCUGGUGUGGGCCGGGAGCAUCCCUAUCUACAGCUUUCACGGGAAAGUGGAAAAGUACACAUGCUUCCACAACAUGUCCGAUGGCACCUGGAGUGCCAAGGUCUUCUUCCCCCUUGAGGUGUUCGGCUUCCUUCUUCCCAUGGGUGUCAUGGGUUUCUGUUCCUCCAGGAGCAUUCACAUCCUGAUCAGCCGUCGAGACCUCAGCCGGGACUGGGUCCAGCAGAAGGCCUGUGUCUGGACAAUCGCGGCCAGUCUGGCUGUCUUUGUGGUCUCCUUUCUUCCGGUCCACCUGGGUUUCUUCUUGCAGUUUCUGGUACGGAAUGGCUUUAUUGUGCAGUGCAGCGCUAAGCAGAACAUCAGCUUGUUCUUGCAGUUGUCCAUGUGUUUCUCCAACGUCAACUGCUGCCUAGAUGUCUUCUGCUACUACUUUGUCAUCAAAGAAUUCCGCAUGGACAUCAUGGCCCACCGGCCUUCCAGGGUCCAGCUGGUCCUCCAGGAUACCAUGAUCAGUAGGGGCUAAGGAGAGAAAGACCUAUGCAGGGGAUGGAAACCCCAGCCCCAAAUUCUGGUAGCAGAUACCCUGUUCCAAGGUUUCUGAUGUGGUGGACGAAUGUGGCACGUCUACUGGUAUGCUUUCCCUUUUGAUGCUCACCGAACACCGUCUUUGCUCUUUAUGCUCCAAAGACCUUUCCCCGGCACCCAGGCAGCUCAACGUAAAUCACCCAGUAUUUGGGAAUCUCUCAGGACCCAAGAACCAGGUGAAUUCUUUAUUUCUAAGCUCAAAAAGCAUGAGCCAGAAAAAUUGAAAAAAAGGAGACCAUCUGAGCAAGGCUGUUUCCCAGCUCCCGCCAUCCUUCUGUUAGACUAGAAGAUUCUGGAAAGGCAGAGAGAGGAGUUAGGAGAGAGAACCAAGAGGGUUGGUCACAGUGGAAGGUGUUCUGGGCAGAGAAGGAGCAGUAAGGAUGUAUCAAGCUCCGUUUUGGUUUGGGGAUCGCAAGGUAGAGCAGACUUACCCUUCCCAAUCCCUUCUUGGGCUCUGGUGGCCGAUAACCUCAUAACAAGUGGGGGUGAUGAGGGCAGAGCAAGAACAUACAGAGAGCCCCAAGUUUCCUAUGAGGAAGAAAGGUCCAGACAGCCAGCCAAACCUUCCUGUGUCCACGAGAAGGCGGCAGAAGGAUGAGGGAAGCUGAUGUGGACCAGGCCGUGGCGAAGCUACAGAUGCGUUGUGGAGGCAGUGGGGACAGAGUGGAAAGGUGUCGGUGGCACAUGGGGAAGGAAGGAGACAGGCCAAGGGCUGGCAGUGGACAGCCACCCCCAUUGCCAUCAUGGCGUCCACGACAUGGAGCUCUAGCACGGGCCCAGUGGGAAGAGAGGCGGUGGAGACAAGACUAGAAGAGGGGAAAUUCCUGAACGUGACCGGCUUGCUACGUUGAACAGACUGGGAGAUUGUUGGUUAGGCUGUUUCACUGAGAUCGAGGAGAAAGAAUCAGGCUUGACUGGGCUCCACCAGAGGAGAAUAAGGCACGCGUGCCGUCUCGCCCACCUGAGUCCGGUCUGGGCGGCUGGCUGGGUGGCACUGUCCAAAGGACUGUCUCUCUCCAGGGGCUGGGAGGGAGAAAAUGAGCCAGCCAGGGAUCGGAGGAACCAUCUCGAUGGCAAGCAGCUCCUGGCAGUUCCUGGGUGGAGACUGUAAACAGUCUAAACAGUCGAUCACUGUUUGGACCCGGCUUCUCGGAUGAUCUUGAGGAGGCGCUGCCGUGACAGCCGAAAGCCUUCUGAUGACUCAGGCUGCUCCAGACAGUAAAACAAUUCCAAGGAUCAAUUGUGGGGUGGUUUUGCAAGACGGAGUGAGUGGGAUGAGACUUUGUGUGAAAAAGGGGGAGGUCCUGAGGAAGAAAAGAACCACUUUCUACCUGUAGGGAAAGAGGCUUCCACUGCCAAUUGGUGGACGGAAGGUAGGGUGGCAGGGUGGCGGGGAAGGGGAUGGUUUAGAUAAAACCCUGACGGGAGGCAGGGGCGGAGGCCAAGAUCGGGCGAUUACCCCAGGCUUGCAGCUACAGGGCCCUGUGAGGGGGUGGGGGAGUGGCAGGGAGGAAGGAUGGAGGGCAGAGCUGCUUCCUGCUUGAGAAUCCCCAGCUCUACCGAGAGCCGUCCAAGGCCGGAGCCUCUCUACCUCCUGCUUCGGCCGCAGCCAGCUCAGUGGUCAGGGGCAGGGAAGGGUGAGGAAGCAAGUGUCAAUGCAGGGGUGGAAACGGGUGUGGAGGAGUGAUCCCAACGAGGAUCAGAGAGGCUCCGGCCCCGCAGACUGGGCCUCCGGGAGGCGGCAGCCCGGGGCAGGGACUCUGCAGACCCAGCUGCCCCAAGGUGCCUACAGUGCCGUGGCCAUCCUGCACAGAGGCUCUAAGGAAGCCGGGUUGUUAAACCCAGUAGGACACUUGUGCCGGCCAGGGAUCAGAGCCCAUGCGUGUGUGUGGUCAGUCUUCUCCUCCAAUUUCUCUCUUUGUGCUGGGAGCUGGGAGCCCACCGUGUGGCAUUUACAUCUCCCAGUGUACUUAGGGCUGGACAGGCUUCCUAAGAGAAAGGAGAUGGCAGCUCCCUGACCACCCCCAUCACCCCCUGUGAUGUUCAUAAACGUAAAGUUUGUCUUGUGGGCAGCCUGACCCUGCCCGAGCUGGGUGACAGAGAAGGCAGGACGGGGUAGGGGGGUGGUCCAUGAGCCAUGUAGGUCCUUGCAGGAGAUAGCAGCCUCAGGUCUAUGUGGAAACUGUGGGCUUGUGGGUGAGCCUUGGAGAACGCCCCCCUCCCCCUGACUGAUCCCAACACACUGGGGGAGGACACAGGCCUCUUCUCUCUCCAUGCAGACCCAUCCUGGCUUUCGAGUCGCAGGGGACUCAUCAGGGCCUGUGGGAGCAGGCUCAGGCCCAGGACUUCAGGCCAGGCAGCUCUAGGCAGGGAGAUCUGCACUCUGGGCGCAGCAGGCAGGAAAGGGGCAGAGGUCAGGGCCAGGGUUAGGGCUGAGUGCUGGGGCAUCCAGGGGCCCACUCCCACCAGGAAGUGGCAGUCAGUGAGUUGGGGAGCCCUGAACUUAGUUGUGGAAAUGGCUGAAAUGCCUGCCGGUAAGGGAGGCCUGGGGACAUUAUUUGGCCCUAAAUGUGACCAUAGUCUUCCUCCCAGUCUGGAAAAACCCAAGACAUCCUUGUUAUAUGUACAUGUGUGAAACUAGCACAAUUCAUUGGGAAAAUGAUUUGAAUAAUUGGAUUUGCCAAAUAAACAGA